AUGAACGCCCUCCUCCCACGACAGUCGGCCGAGUCGGCCUGCCUUUUCUGCCGGCAGGGCCUCGUCCGACAGCUGCGCCAGCAUCACCCACGGCGGCAAUUGCAGCCGCAACAGCUGCAGCCACAGCAGCACCUGUUCUCGCUUGGCCGCAGCAGCAUGGUAUCGCCUGGUCCCGCGCAUCAGCGCCGCCGCUACCUGUCCAGCACCGCGGCCGCCCAGCGACCCCCGCCAUUUGCGCAGGCAGAGGCGACAUCGAACUCCUCGACAACAUCUUCAGCGACAAACCCCAAGACCGCAUCGUCCACAACUCCCUACACACGCUACUCCCUCUACACUGAGCCCACAUCGCCCAUGACUAUGCGACCACCGCCGCCGCCGUCGCCUGUCGUGCCAGUCGACUCGCCUGCGCCGACGGCCAAGGAGGCACUGAAUAUGCCAGUGGAUGAGGCACAGUCGGCCGCGACGGAAGCGAAACAGGCAGAGCCAAAGGAGACAAGCACCACAAGCACCACAAGCGCCGCCGCGUCCGCCGCUGCAGCAUCCCCGUCGACCACACCAACGACCGGUGCCCCCAAGAAACGCCCCUCCCGGCUGCGCACGCCGCGCAAGGCCGCCAUGCGCCUGACGCCCGCCGCCGUCGACCAGGUCCGCGAGCUGCUCGAGGGGCCGGACCCGAAGCUCCUCAAGAUUGGCGUGCGCAACCGCGGGUGCAGCGGCCUGUCCUACAACCUGGAGUACGUCGAGAAGCCGGGCGCCUUUGACGAGAUGGUGGAGCAGGACGGCGUGCAUGUGCUGGUGGACAGCAAGGCGCUCUUUAGCAUCAUCGGCACCGAGAUGGACUGGGUCGAGGACAAGCUGAACCAGCGGUUUGUGUUCCGGAACCCCAACAUCAAGGAGGAAUGUGGCUGCGGCGAGUCGUUUAUGGUGUAA